GGACGACCAAUGUACAUCACAUGUUGACAAGUCACAAGUAUUUGAUGUUUUGAAAUAAAAUAAGAAAAGAAAUUGUGGGAUGUGUUAUUAGCUGGAUAUGCGUGGUGAGCGCUGAGAAAUUACGAAAGGAAAGAGGGCUGCGAAGAAGAUUCAACGGCUACCCAAUUUCAUCAUUUUGGCCAACAAUGUAUGUUAAAUGCGAUCAAUAAAUUUCAUCUAUCGGCCACCUGUUCUCUCUCUCUCUCUUUCUUCAUUAACUUUAUGUAUUAUAAUAUUUUUUUCCUCUCUCUCUCUCUCUCACUUACAUACAUCGCCAUCAUACAAUUUUACAUACAUACAUGCCCUCCUCCACAAGACUCAGACUCCACAGCAUGGGCUUUUCACGGUGGCUCAACCGCACCGUGGGCUUCUUCGUCUUCUUCAUCCUCGACAUUGUCGAUUUCUUGCUUUGCUUCACCUACAAGACGCUUGAUUUCUUCUUCGAAUCGGAGUGGAAACCGUGCUACUGUUGCCCGCCGCCCGAGGCCAAACCAGCGGCGGCCGGAGGGAGCAGAGGCGGGAAGAUGAUAGUGUCGGAUAGAUCAGGAGAGUACUCGAAGGUGGUGUCGCUCACAAGGACAAAGAUCCACUUGGAUGAGAUCUCCGACACACUCUACUCACGCCCUUCACUCCUCACAAGGCUCACUAAGCUGGUGAAGUGCUUCAAGAAGAAUGCUGCGGAAUGCUGUGAUGAGCCCAAGAAGAGAUCCUCGUCGUCUAAAAAGACAUUACUGACUGUGAAUUCCACGGUGGUCGACAAGUUGCAAAGAACACCAAGAUGGUCUGAUUGCCAUUGCACUUUCUGCACUUCUUGGCUAUCCUCUUCCAACCAUUCUCUCUUUGUCAAUGUCCAACAACCCAAAGAGAACAAGGCACAGGAGAAUGUAGUGUUCAUACAUGGGUUUUUAUCAUCAUCCACGUUUUGGACGGAGACUCUGUUCCCAAACUUCUCAGAGUCGGCCAAAUCGAAUUAUAGGUUUCUAGCAGUGGAUCUGUUGGGGUACGGGAAAAGUCCAAAGCCGAAUGAUUCACUGUAUACACUGAAAGAGCACUUAGAGAUGAUAGAGAGAUCAGUGAUAUCUCAGUUCAGACUCAAGACAUUCCACGUAGUGGCUCACUCCCUAGGCUGCAUAUUGGCUCUUGCCCUCGCGGUUAAACACCCAGGAGCCAUCAAGUCACUCACUCUAUUGGCACCUCCAUAUUUUUCGGUCCCAAAGGGAGUGCAAGCGACGCAAUAUGUGAUGAGAAGAUUGGCUCCCAAGGAAGUGUGGCCUCCGAUGGCCUUUGGAGCCUCAGUGGCUAGCUGGUACGAGCACGUUAGCCGCACCGUCAGUCUCGUUCUUUGCAAGAACCACCACUUGUUGGAAUUUCUCACCAAGCUACUCACCAGAAACAGGAUGCGGACGUAUUUGAUAGAAGGCUUUCUGUGCCACACACACAACGCAUCGUGGCACACAUUACACAACAUUAUUUUCGGGUCCGGGAACAAAGUGGAGGCCUAUCUGGACCACGUACGUGACAACGUGGACUGUGAGGUCACCGUCUUCCACGGCGGCCGGGACGAGCUCAUCCCAGUGGAGUGCAGCUAUGGCGUCAAGAGGAAAGUGCCACGUGCCAGGAUCCACGUCGUCCCCGACAAAGACCACAUCACCAUUGUUGUUGGGAGGCAGAAGGAGUUCGCCCGUGAACUUGAGCUCAUUUGGCGCAAAUCCACUACUACUCCUCAACUUCAUUCAAAUUAAAUUAACUUUUCUUCGUUUCAGUAUAUAUACAUAUAUAUAUAUAUAUAAAUACCAAACUCCAACCACUAUUGUUGAAAUCAUCAUCUUAUACCCAUUUACGCCCGCAUAUGUCGGUCACUAGCCCCUUCCUACGUAUUAAGGGAAUAAAAAAACAUAAAGUUGUUUAAUUUCUUUGUUCCUCUUUCUUUAUUAUUUUGAGUUUUAAGAGCAAGCCCAAUAGAGACACUAUUGGUGGGUGUCUUAUUGAUUAAUUAUUAAUAUUUUGUGUGUUUUUUGUAUAUAAGAUACUUUAUAAUAUUUUGUUAUUUUAGAGCAUAC